UGACUAUCACAGGAAACAGAAUGCCCUCAGAGCACUUCAAAAGAAAGCUCUGGACAAGAAUCCUGAUGAGUUCUACUUUAAAAUGAUACGUGCAGAGCUCCAGGAUGGAGUUCAUGUAAUAAAGCAGCCAAAGGAUGAAGUGACCCCCGAACAGGUGAAAUUGAUGAGGACACAGGAUAUUAAAUAUGUGGAAAUGAAAAGAGUGGCAGAAGCCAAGAAAAUCGAGCGGCUGAAGUCGGAGCUCCAUCUGCUGGAUGCUGAGGGGAAGAAUCCCAACAGGCACGUGUUCUUUUUUGAUACCAAAAAAGAAGUUCAGGAGUUUGAUAUUGCAACUCAUCUGGAUACUGUUCCAGAGCUUGUAGACAGAGUGUACAACCGACCGACCAUUGCAACAUUGCAGAAAGAGACACUGAAAGGAGCUACUGAUCCUGCCCACUUAAAGAAAUUAGCCCAGCAAAGGAAGAAUCAGUAUGACCUCCUGAAGCAGCGCAUUGAAAGAGAAAAGGCCAUGUUCGUUAUUGCACAGAAAAUCCAGACACGUAAAGAUCUUUUGGACAAAACUCAUAAAGUAAAGGUGAAGAAAGAGACAACAAAUGGUCCAGCUAUUUACAAAUUCAAAUUUCAGCGGAAACGUUAGCCAUUCCAUUAAAUAAUUGUUACUGACUUUGCUUAGAAAGAGGAUCCUCCUUAUGAAGGAGGACUGAUACACAGCAUCAGUUUGUUUUUUCACUGCAGCCUGGCACUUUGUUGAAACAAAUGACUGUGGGCCUGUGGUAGCCGUAAAUAUAUUGUAUCUAAUGAAUUGAUGAAUAAAUCAGAGAGUUUGUUCUCUUGGUAUUUACA